AUGAAGACUCUGCCUCAGAAGCCAUUAAGGAACAAAGCCACAGCUCUGUACUACCCCAUGGCCAUGGGCCUCAACAAGGGCCACAAAGUGACCAAGAACAUGAGCAAGCUGAGGCACAGCCACUGCCAUGGACGCCUCACCAAGCACACCAAGUCCCUAAGGGACAUGAUCUGAGAAGUAUGAGGCUUUGCCUCAUAAAGGCAGAGCAUUUGGGACACGCUCAAGUUCUCCAAGGACACACAGGCCCUCAAGUUCAUCAAGAAAAGAGUGGGGACACACAGCCAUGCCAAGAGGCAAGAGAACCUGAGUGAUGCCCUGGUUUCCAAGAGGAAAGCAGCUGCCAAGGACUGA